AUGGCGCUGGUCACGGUGCGGCGGGCGGCGGGCUCCGCCGGGGGCCCCGCGGAGGAAGAUGCCCCCCGGCGCGGCCGACUGCAGCGGCGGAGCUUUGUCAUGGUCAAGGGGGCCGCGCUGCUGCUGCCGACUGAGGCGGAGGAGCCGCUGGAGGCCGAGCCCCCCCCGGCUGUGCCCCCCGGCCAGGCCCCGGGGCGGCAGGAGCAGCUGCAGCUCAUGAUGCAGUUGCUGCGUCCGCAGGACGCCAUCCGGCUGGCGGUGCGGCUGGAGUCGGCGCGGCCGCGGCGGGUGCGGUACCUGCUGGUGGUGCGGCCCGAGGAGGCGGGAGCCGAGGGGCAGACGGUGCUGCUGGGCGUGGACUUCGCCCACGAGGGGGCCACCCGCUGCACCCUGGGCAUGGUGCUGCCCCUCUGGAGCGACACCCAGGUCUUUCUCGACGGUGAUGGGGGGUUCAGCGUGACAUCGGGGGGGCAGACCCGCAUCUUCAAGCCCAUCUCUGUCCAGACCAUGUGGGCCGUGCUGCAGGAGCUGCACCGCGCCUGCGAGGAGGCGUCGCGCGGCGGGCACAUCCCGGGGGGCCCGGCGCUGGCCUGGGCCCGCGCUUACGCGGCGGCGCUGGCCUCGGAGCAGAGCUGCCUCAACGAGUGGUUGGCCAUGGCCGACCUCGAGUCGGUGCGCCCCACCUCGCCCCCGCCCCUCCGGCCGGCGGCACCGGAGCUGUCGGAGCAGGCGGUGCGGGCGCUGCUGCGGGACGUGAUGGCCAGCGCUGACCUGGAGAACGUCACCUCCAAGGAGGUGCGGGAGGAGCUGGAGCGGCGCACGGGGCACAGCCUGGCCCAACACAAGGACUUCAUCGACAACGAGAUGCUGCUGGUGCUGGCGCAGAUGGAUCGGCCCUCCCGCGUCUUCCCGCACCUCUACCUGGGCUCCGAGUGGAACGCGGCCAACCUGGAGGAGCUGCAGCAGAACCGGGUCACCCACAUCCUGAACGUGGCGCGGGAGAUCGACAACUUCUUCCCGGCGCUGUUCACCUACAUGAAUGUGCUGUAUGACGAGGAGACGGCCCAACUCCUGCCCCAUUGGAACGACACCUUCCUCUUCCUCUCCCGCGUCCGGGCCGACGGGGGCCGGGCGCUGGUGCACUGCCGCAUGGGGCAGCGCUCGGCGGCCACGGUGCUGGCCUACGCCAUGAAGGAGUUCGGGUGGUCCCUGGAGCGGGCGCUGCGGCACGUCCGGCACUGCCGCCCCGGCGUCCUGCCCAACCCCGGCUUCAUGCGCCAGCUCGACUUCUACCAGGGCAUCCUGCACGCCAGCCGGCACAGCAGCCUGUGGGAGCCCAAGGCGGCGGAGCGGGUGGCCCAGCCCGAGGAGGGCCCGGGGCCGCCCCGGGGGACGAGGGGUGGCCUGUCCCCGUCCCCGUCCCCACGGCCCCCUGAGGAGGCGAGCGGACAGGGGCUGUUGGGGGCCUCACGGCGCCCCCGCAUCUCCCUCUGCGCCGUCAUGCGGAGCAUCAGCCAGCUGGAGUCCCCCGAGCCCCCCGAGCCGCCGGGGGAGCCCCUCGCCGGGGAGGUGUUCAUGGCUGCGGAGGCAGCGGGGGGCCCGGGGGGGUGCCCCCGUGGGGGCCGACCCUCCUCCCGGCCCCGCCGCGUGGUGCGCCAGGCCAGCCUGGAUGGCGGCCCCGCCCCGGCCGCUGACCACGCCCCCGCGGACGGCCACGCCCCUAUCUUCCACCAGUUCUGGCUCCGCCCCUUCCUCCACUUCUGA